CAGUUCACAAGUGUUGAAUGAAUGUGGAUUUUACAAAAUCGUUUCUUAUAAGUAAUAUUAUUUGUUUUAAAUAAUUAUUUUUUACGGUAUUUCGCGUAUUUAAACGAUUUCACUGAAGUGGCGGACGAUUUUCCAUCUUUAUUAUAAAUCCACGAUGGCGCCUAGCGUAGCUGGUUACUACGCCAAAAAGAGCAUCUUCAUCACGGGAGCUACCGGCUUCCUCGGCAAGGUUUUAGUCGAGAAACUUCUAAGAUGCUGUCCCGAGUUGGAGGCGAUAUACUUGCUGAUGAGGGAUAAGAAGGGGCAGAGCAGUGACCAGAGGCUUAAAGGGUUUCUCAAGUGUUCAGUAUUCAACCGUCUUCAAGAAGAGAAUCCACAGUGCUUCAGAAAACUACGUCUGGUCCCUGGAGACAUAUUAGCAGACGGUUUGGGAAUAUCAGACGAUCUCCGCGAGAAACUGAGGAACGAGUGCCAGAUCAUCUUCCACUGUGCGGCUUGCGUGAGGUUCGAUAUGCCGAUCAAGGAUGCUACUGCCCUCAACGUACGUGGGACCCAGCGUGUCUUAGACCUGACAGAGAGCAUGACUCAGCUUGAGGUAUUCGUGCAUGUCUCUACAGCGUACUGCCACUGCGAGCUACCAGAACUUGAGGAGAGGGUGUACGCGACCACUAAUAAUCCACACGACGUCAUGAGAUGGAUUGAGUGGAUGGACGACGAGUCGCUCGCUCAUUUGCAACCAAAACUGAUACACCCUCAACCGAAUACCUAUGCAUACACUAAGUCGCUGGCAGAGUCAUUGGUUGCGCAGUACGAAGGAAAGUUUCCCAUCGUCAUAGCGAGGCCCUCUAUUGUGGCAGCAGCUCUAAAAGAGCCCGUCCCAGGCUGGGUGGACAGCCUGAACGGCCCCACCGGCCUCCUCGUGGGCGCCGGUAAGGGCGCCAUCCGGACCAUAUUCACGAAAGAGGCGCUCACGUGCGACAUCAUUCCGGUGGACUUUGUGGUGAACGGGUGUAUACUGGCCGCGUUUAACACGGGGACCAAUAAAUGGUGCAUAAGGCAGAUGAGCGAAGCAGAUUAUCAAGACUACAACUGGACUGUGAGGCCAAAAGAAAUUCAGGUGGUGAAUUUGACGGUAUCGAGAAGAAACCCAGUGACCGUGGGAGAAUUGAUCGAUAUGGGCCGCGUCCACGUGCAAGAGUUUCCCUUCUCCCGAUGCCUGUGGUACCCCGGCGGCUCGCAGAAGACCUCACGUCUCCAUCAUCAGAUCGCGCUGCUGUCCACACACCUGCUACCAGCUUACUUGCUGGAUCUGAUGCUGUUGCUGCUGGGACAGAAGACUUUUAUGGUGAAGAUGCAGCAGCGCAUCAGCGCCGGACUGCAAACAUUUCAAUACUACUGGCUGAAUGAGUGGCACUUCCAUAAUGAGAACUUCCUCGCGCUGCGGAAACACAUCUCCAAAGAGGACGACGGCACUUUCUACACCGAUAUCAAGAUGGUUAACUGGAACUCUUAUAUCCGUGACUACAUUUUCGGCGCCCGCACGUACUGCUGCAAGGAGCACCCUGCCACUCUACCACAAGCCAGGAUACUGCAAAAAAGAUUGUACUACCUGGACUGGGCCGCCAAGAUCAUCAUCUACUCGCUGUGCGCAUAUUUCUUAUUCUACUUUAUCAGAAUAUUUUUAUCUGUCAUGUGAAGAUUGUUAUUCUAUCAGUCUGUAAGUGGUGUCAUUAUACAUAACAUUAUAAUGCCGACUGUACACUCUUGGCCGAGACCUGUUGCCGAGUCUCGGCACCGCUCCGAUCCAAUCGGAGAAGCUUGAGACGAGACGAGAAGAGAGCAUCAUGUACACUCUCGUUCUCGGUCUGUCUCGUCGAGUGUACAGCCGGCAUAAUAUAUUCGCCGGCAAUUCGCGACGACGUGAUGCGUCUUCGCAUGUUAUAUCUAUCUUCAAAUACCCCGGCCACACACUCGACGAGUGGUAUUUAAAGUAUGCAGGGCCACACUACGUCUCUGCCUACUUCCCAUGCCACUCGUCGAGUAUGUGGCCAGGAUAAAAGGGUUUUUAGUGAAUAUUUAUAAUUAUUUAAUUUAUUUAUUUGAUGUUAUUAAUAUCAUAAUAAACACUCAU